AUAACUCAGCUGCCAUCACAGAAAUGCAUAAGCUUCUGCAGGUCUAUUGGAGUGUGUUUCCUCUUUGCUCAGCAUACCUCAACUCACCUAAACAUCUUUGGGAAGACUUGAAAUCAGAAGAGAUGAGUCAGGCGCUUUUGGAAUGCUAGAAAAACAAAGUGGUCGGUACCAUAAUUAUAGCCAUCAAAUGGCAUUCAAGGGUCAGAUACAACCCCCCCCAAGGAAAAGAAUCACCUCUAGUUGUAUAUCCUAAAUACUAAAGAUCUGUAUCUCAUUUGAUUAUUUGCUCCCUUAGUUUACCGCAACCACGACAAGAAGAAGAGCCACAAGUACGAGUUGUCCAAAUCCCGGAUGAGGAAAAAGGCAGGGGGGAGGGACAAGGAGGGGGGAGGAGGCACAAGGCGAGGGGGCAGCCGGGUGUCCAGCCAGCGUCCAUCACGUUCCCAUAGCGACGAGGAGGAGGACGAGGGAGUGCCGGCCAGCUACCACACGGUGUCAUUACAGCUUCUGGAUCUGAUGCACACACUGCACACCCGGGCUGCCAGCAUCUACAGUUCCUGGGCGGAGGAGCAGCGCCACCUGGAGGCGGCCGGCCGGAGGAUCGAGGCGGACUCUCAGACUCUGUGGAGCAGCUGCUGGUGCCCGCUGCUGCAAG